GCUAGGGUUUAGAGGUUUUCUGGGCGCGGAGCGGGAGGCGGCGGCGGCUAUGGCUGCGGCGGAGGAGGAGAUCGCGGUGAAGGAGCCGCUGGAUCUGAUACGCCUCAGCCUCGACGAGCGCAUCUACGUCAAGCUCCGAUCCGACCGCGAGCUGCGCGGCAAGCUCCAUGCGUAUGAUCAACAUUUAAACAUGAUACUUGGAGAUGUUGAAGAGGUCGUGACAACUGUUGAGAUAGAUGAUGAAACAUAUGAAGAAAUUGUGCGCGUAAGUUCAUUUGCUUUUCUACCCUUAGUAUUUAUAAUGUUCAGUAAGUCAAUUUGUCAAAAACUAUUGGAUGCCAAGUUAUCAUUUUCUUUGUUCUUCAGACUUUGAUGGGUUAUGUUUGAUGUUCACAGUGAGACUGGUACCCAUUAAAGACAUUAGAGCAUAAAACUAUCUGGGCCUUUUAGAGUGCUUAGACUUUACGGUUUUUACUCUGAUAUAAGACAGUGAACGGCACUCAUUAAAGACAUUAGAGCAUAAAACUAUCUGGGCCUUUUAGAGUGCUUAGACUAGACUUUAUGGUUCUGACUCUAUAUAAGACAGUGAUUCCAUACUCUGAAAUGUGACUUAUUAGUUAUUACUGAUAGGUCUAAAACUUCUCAGGAUCUAAUCCCUAAGUCACUAACCACUACAUCUAGCAGAAAGUUAAUCAAACUCAUACCUUCAGUAGAUUGCGAAGAUGAAGAUAUUGUGCUUGUGAGACAGAACAUGAGCGUGUGAGCGGCGACCUUCCCUCACCUUCGCGCGCUAUUAGAUCGGUUAGGGUUUUUCUGUGUAUGUGGUGGCGAGGCGGUCUGGAGAACGUUGGUUCCUGAGUCGGCUCCAUGCCCCUUUUUUAUUUUUGUGCGUGGUGAAGGGGGAUGCAACCAUUACGGUUGUUGCACCCUCGAUCAGGGCACUUAGGACUCGGUUAGAAUAUGAUAAGCUCAAACGAGCCCGAAAUCAACCCAACAUUUACUCUUUAUCUUCGAAUUGUGUAUUGUGGUAUACACUAACUAUUUGCAGGAUAAUCUUUGCAGACCACGAAACGCACUAUCCCCUUUCUUUUUGUCCGAGGUGAUGGUGUCAUAUUGGUUUCUCCACCCCUUCGUACGGCAUGAAGUUUGAAGUCAGAUCAUGCUGGUUGUUAAUUAUGAUAACUGGUGUAUUUGGCCACUUGAUGGCGUUGCAUGGAGUGUAUGUUAUGGGCCUAGCCGCUACUUUUUCUGAUGGGAUGUAGGUUUAACAUGUGAUACAAUCGUGUAAACAACUGCUUGUGCUUGGAUUAUCUGUCGAAUCUCAGGGGUGCUUCUCAGUCUC